CUCCCAUACCGAGUGCGAUGGCAGGAUCUCAAGGAUCUAUUCAGGAAGGCGGGGACCGUACUCCGUGCAGAUGUAUCGCUGGGUCCUGACAAUCGGUCCAGAGGCCAUGGCACAGUCCUUCUUGCAACGGCGGAAGACGCUGGUCGAGCUAUCGAUAUGUUUAAUGGCUACUCAUGGCAAACGCGAAUAUUAGAAGUCCGGCCUGACCGACUGCCCCCAGAUUUCGACAGUCUCAACCCAAAUCCCACUCCUUUUAGUACCGUCUCAUCUCCUGGCACCUUUGCUUCGCCUCAAGUUCCGAGUUCGUCAUUGGGUGGCUUUACUGAUUUUGACUACAAUUUGUUCGGGUUCGACAGGCCAAGCUCGUCGUCAGGCAAUGCCGGCCGGAAUCUCUUCGUUGGGAAUCUCCCUUUUCAUUGUCAAUGGCAGGAUUUGAAGGAUUUGUUCCGGCAAGCAGGAACUAUAGUACGAGCGGAUGUCGCUCUUGGACAAGAUGGUCGCUCACGAGGAUUUGGUACCGUUGUAUUUGCAAACGACUACGACUCCGAACGUGCCGUAAAGAUGUUCAACGGGUAUGAGUACAACGGUCGUGUGCUCAAAGUGCAUUUCGACAAA